UUGGGGAGGUGGCUCCCGGGCUCCCCACACAGUCACACUCCGCGCGCUCACACACUUGGAGGCGCCUCCCCACGUCCCUCCCCUGCCCUCCUCUGGCUCGGCUCUCCUCUCUCUCCCCGCAAAUAGUCGCCGACAGACUGCCAAUCCGCCUCGCUCGCUCGCUCGCCUCGCUCCCAGCACCAUGACCGACUGGGAAGCGGUGGCCCAGGCGGAGCAGCUCCGCUGGCGCGGGCGAGAGGAGCAGGAGGAUUAUUAGAUAAGGCGGCGCGACUCCGUGCACCUGGGGGAGGAGAGAGAAGCCCGACAGCCAAGGAGGAAGGAAGGAAGGGAGGGCGGCCGGAGGAGGGGGUCCAGGCAAGACGCCCCCGUGCCCCGAAGACAUAAAUCCCCGAGUGCCCGGGAAGAGCCUUAACAAGCGACGCGGAGCCCUCAGGCUGCUAAGUUGGAUAUCACAGUGCAAGCUUUGGGGUCCCAAUGGGGGACUCUGGAUCAAGACGAUCUACCCUGGUCUCCAGGUUGCCAAUAUUCAGAAGAAGUAUUAGCAGAAGACAUGAUUCUCUUCCUUCUUCACCUUCCUCCAGUAAUACAGUUGGUGUCCACAGUUCCUCACCUUCCAGCACAAACUCAAGCUCAGGUAGUACAGGUAAACGCAGGAGCAUAUUCCGAACUCCUUCCAUUAGCUUCCACCAUAAGAAGGGGAGUGAACCUAAGCAAGAACCUACCAACCAGAACCUUAGUAUUUCAAAUGGUGCUCAAGCUGGUCACAGCAGUAUGCAAAAACUGACUUCGGAAGAAUAUAUUAAAACCAGGGGAAGACAUUCUGUUGGUUUUAGUAGUUCAAGAAAUAAGAAGAUAACAAGAUCUUUGACAGAGGAUUUUGAAAGGGAGAAGGAGCACUCAACUAAUAAGAAUGUCUUUAUAAAUUGCUUAAGUUCUGGCAAAAGUGAAGGGGAUGAUUCUGGAUUCACAGAAGAACCAACUCGCCGUUCUGUUAAGCAGUCAACAAAGAAGCUGCUUACUAAAUCCUUUUCCUCUCACUAUAAAUUUUCUAAGCCAGUUCCACCGAGCCAGUCCACUUCAUUGGUACAGCAGUCUGAAUUCUCAUUGGAAAUUACACAGUUCCAAGAGAGAGAACCUGUAUCAGUAAGAGCUUCUCCAUCUUGCUCUGUGGAUGUAACAGAACGGGCAGGAAGCUCUUUACCAUCCCCAUUGCUUUCUGCUGAUCUUACCACAGCUCAGACACCUUCAGAGUUUUUAGCCUUGACUGAAGAUUCUGUUUCUGAAGCCGAUGUAUUUUCUAAAAGUGGAAGCAUGGCAUCCCACUGUGACAACUUUGGCCACAAUGAUUCUACCUCUCAGAUCUCUCCCAAUCCUGCUGCUGUUACAAAGGCAACAAUAGACCAUAUAGGAACUGUUCCCUGUGCAAUUAUGUCUCCUGGGAAAUAUAGGUUAGAAGGUCGAUGUAGCACUGAAUCUAAUUCCUUACCAGAAACCUCUGCUGCUAAUCAGAAGGAAGUGUUAUUGCAAAUCUCUGAACUCUCUGUUACAAAUGGGAGUGACUUAGAGAAUCACCUAUCAGCAGAUACUCAAGGAGAAGAGCAUAUGGUAUUACAAAACGGUGAUACAAUGUUGACAACAAGCUCCCCAAGGAAACUUGGAUUUUAUGAGCAACAUAAAGCAAUAGCUGAACGUGUUAAAGGGAUUCAUCCUAUAUCAGAUUCAAGGAUAAUACCUUCUUCUGGUGAUCGUCAUAUUUUUAACAAAACAUAUGGAUAUGAUGCCAAUCCUGCCAAAGUUCUUGCCAGUAGCCUCAGUCCAUAUCGUGAAGGAAGAUUUAUAGAGAGACGACUGCGGUCUUCAUCAGAAGGAACUGCGGGGAGUAGCAGAAUGAUUUUGAAACCAAAAGAUGGAAAUGUAGAAGAAGUUAAUAGUCUAAGAAAGCAAAGAGCAGGUUCGUCAUCUUCAAAAAUGAACAGCAUGGAUGUUUUGAAUAAUUUGGGAUCUUGUGAACUAGAUGAAGAUGAUCUAAUGCUCGAUCUAGAAUUAUUAGAGGAACAGACUCUUCAUCCACCUGUUUGCCGGGAGGAAUCGUACAACUCUGUAGUCUCAUGUGCUGCCGUAGUACUCACUCCUAUGGAACCAACAAUAGAAAUGAGGAAAGGAGAAGAGCUAAAAUUCCCUGAACCUUCCAAACAGAACCUUUCACUGAAGUUAACAAAAGACAUUGAUCAGGAAGGCAGGUGUUCACAUAUUAGCCGAAUGCCCAGUAGUCCGUCUGCAGACUGGCCCCUGCAAGGUGUGGAAGAAAAUGGAGGCAUAGAUUCUCUGCCCUUCAGACUGAUGUUACAGGACUGCACAGCUGUCAAGACACUAUUGUUAAAGAUGAAGAGAGUUCUUCAAGAGAGUGCGGAUAUGAGCCCAGCAAGUAGCACCACCUCACUUCCAGUUAGUCCUCUUACUGAAGAGCCACUGCCUUUCAAGGAUAUAAUGAAAGAUGACUGCUCAAUGCUGAAGCUGCAGCUGAAAGAGAAGGAUGAACUCAUUUCCCAACUUCAGGAAGAGCUGGAUAAAGUAAAGCAUUUACAGAAGGCGUUUGCUUCAAGAGUAGAUAAAUCCACACAGACUGAAGUUCUAGGCUAUGAUGGUUUGAACCUGAAAAGACUGGAGGCAGUACCAGGAGGGAGAGAGGCUACAUAUCGAAACCGAGUUGUGAGCCAAAGUCUCAGCACAAGGGACAGAAAAGCAAUACAUACUCCCACCGAGGACCGUUUUAGAUACUCGUCAGCUGACCAGACAAGCCCCUACAAGAGCAAGACCUGUCAACUAUCAAGUCUGUGUUUAAAUAAUUUCUUGAAGGACAAGGAACUCGUGGAAGUUAUCAAGCACUCAAGAGGAACUGGUGAAAGCCUCACUUCAGAGGUCACCCUGAACUUAAGGGCCACUGUUGGGCAGAACUCUCUGAAGCCAACAGCUAAGACUGAAGGGCUCCCCACGUCCUCAGAGAAACCAAAGGACCAAGCUGCUGUGGCCCGACAGCAUUCAACCUUUACAGGCAGGUUCGGACAGCCACCGAGAGGGCCAAUCUCUUUACACACAUACAGCAAAAAGAAUGUUUUUCUCCAUCACAAUUUACACACCACUGAGCUGCAGACUCUAGGCCAACAGGAUGGGUAAUUACAUCACCCGAUUCUGUCUCUGAGUAAAGAUGGUUAGUGUUUCUCGUUCAUAGCUCA